AUGAGUAAGUCCGAUCGCCAACCUCGCCGCGACGUAGGGUUCCGCUUCCUCCCCACCGACGAGGAGCUCGUCGUGGGCUACCUUCUCAGCAAGCUGAUCGGACUCCCGCCGCCACACUCCGGCGACUACGUCAACGACUGCAACAUCUACGGCGACCUCGAGCCGUGGGAGAUCUGGCAGAAGUUUCGAGGCGGAGAACAAGAAGACGACAACGACGGCGGCGGCGACGAGAGGAAGAACGACCUCUACUUCUUCACGCCGCUGAAGAAGAGAUCCGCCACGGGGACGAACAUCGACCGCAGCGUCGGAACCAACGGCGGGAGCUGGCACGGGGAGGACUCCGGCAAGGAGUCGCAGACCCCCGACGGGCUGGUUUCCUGGACCGUGAAGAGGUUCAGCUACAGGCCCAAGAAGAGCAAAGGCGGGCAGAAAGAGAAUGGGCCUGGGCCAACUUCGUGGAUCAUGCACGAGUACUGCCUGCUGGACCGGCCCAUUCCGUUUCUUGGGCUUGACGCUGCCGCCGCGACUCGGCUCGUGGUCUGCCGGAUUAGGAAGAAGGAGGAUUCGAAUUCCAGGAAGCGGAAGAACAACAAGUCGCCGAAGGUGAUUUUCAUCGAUCUCGACGAAGAUGAUGAUUGCAACGACGCCGUGGUGGCGGAAUCGUCAGUCGCCGAUCAAUCGAGCACUAACAAGCGGCGGAAGGUCGGUGGCGAGGGAGAAGUAUGUACUUCUUCGUCGUGUCAAUCGGAGAUUGAAAGUUGCUUUUCCGAAGUAAAAGAAGGGGGCGGCGGCGGCAAUCCUCCCGACGAAGAAGAAGCAGUAUUCUCGUACGUUGCAGAGAUCGAACGAUGCUUGUCGGAAGUAAAUGAAGACUGCGGCGGCGGCGGCGAAUUCGGCGAAGAAGCAGUAUCCUCGUACGCAGCAGAGCUUGAACGGUGCUUGUCGGAAGUAAAAGAAGACUGCGGCGGCGGCGGUAACGGCGGCGACGAAGGAGAAGAUUGCUUGGCGGAAGUUGAAGAAGAAGAAGACUGCAGCGGUGGCGACGAUGACGAAGACGACGAUGGAUCGUUGCUGCAGGCGGAGAUUGACCGAUGCUUGCCGGAAGAAGAGCUAGCACCGCCGUCGGAAUUUGAAGCCCUGAUUCAGCGAUUCCUUUCGACGAAGGAGCCGCCAGUAGCUGUAAUGUCGUCGGCCGUCUCAGUGCCUAGCUACUGA